CAGGCCGCGGCGUGCCAGCGCGCAUGCGCGGCCACCGUCUUCCCGCUCGCUCUUGGCAGGCCGCGCGCCAGCCCCGCUUCCUGCGCGCGCGGGGCGUGGCGCAUGCGCAGUGCCGGCAGCGUCCCUUCCCGCCAUGAGGGAGGAGGGAGGCAAGGAAGAUGGCGCUGGGCUGCCGCCAAGGGGGUCGGUGGUGCGGCCGCGCUCCCCUGGGGCGGUCCGUGCUGAGGCGGCGGCCGCCCGCCGCGCGGGUCGCGGAGGAGGUGGAAGCCGGAUCCCCGGUGAGGCCCUACGCUGCGGCGGCCGGCGGCGAUGAUGAGGCGGCGAGAGGGGAGGAGCUGCUGGAGGUGUGCUGGCGGCGGCACUUCCUGCGGGGCGGCGCGGAGCCGCGGCCGGCGCUGCCCUGGCGCGCCUACCUCAGCGGCUGUCACCCGGGCUUCGGGCCGCUGGGCGUGGCACUGCGGGGCAACCUGGCGGCCCAGUGGUGGGACUCGGCGCUGGCAUUCCGGGAGCAGGUGUUCGCCGUGGAUGCCCCGCUCCACGGCCCGCCCGCCGCCGGCUCUCCGCGGGCCGGGCAGGGUCUCCGGCUGCUGCAUUCGGAGACGCUGCGCGGAGCCCUCCGGGGCAGGGGCUGUAGCCAGGAGCCGGGCGGACCGUCUCUGGAAGAAGUGCUAGGGAGCGCGGGGACGCUUCGUGAGAGCCUGCUGCCCGGUGCCCUGGCACAAUAUGUUAGCUGCAUAGAAUUGGUGAACAAAAGACUGCCUUGUGGCCUUGCUCAAAUUGGAGUAUGCUUUCACUCUAUUCCAGAAAGUGAACAACACAACAAAAACCUUACAAGAAUAGGCGAAAGGACCACGUCUUUGCUUGCAUGGUUUAGUUCUCCCAGAACUGCAGGACAGUGGCUCGAUUACUGGUUACGCCAGAGGCUCCAAUGGUGGAGAAAGUUUGCAGUAGGCCCGUCUAACUUCAGCAGCAGUGACUUUCAGGACAAAGAAGGAAGAAGAGGAUUUAAUUUACAUUACAGAUUUCCUUGGGGGACAGAAACAAUAGAAACAUUGAAGAACCUUGGUGAUACUGAACUGUUACAGAUGUAUCCAGGGGAUAGCUCAAAAUUACUUGGCCGAGAUGGAAGGAAGAAUGUUAUUCCUCACGUUCUGUCUGUGAGCGGAAAUCUGGACCGAGGAGUAUUAGCAUAUCUCUUUGAUUCUCUACAGCUAGCUGAGAACCCAUUAACAAAAAAGAAAAAUUCACAGAGAAAGGUACUUAAGCUUCAUCCUUGCUUAGCACCUCUUAAAGUGGCCUUGGAUGUAGGAAAAGGUCCAACAACAGAGCUGAGACAGGUUUGUCAAGGAUUGUUCAAUGAACUGUCAGAAAACAGAAUUUCCGUAUGGCCGGGUUAUCUUGAAACCAUGCAAGUAUCUAUGGAACAGCUUUAUACAAAGUACGAUGAGAUGAGUGUUCUCUUCAUGGUCUUGAUAACUGAUGCCACUCUAGAGAAUGGAGUGGUCCAGCUGAGAAGCAGAGACACCACCAUGAAGGAAAUGAUGCACAUUUCUAGGCUGAAAGACUUUUUAACUAAGCUCUGCAUUAAAGAUGAUGAACAGCAGUUAACUCAAUGACAAGAGACUGACCAGAUGGUUUUGGUUUUUUGGGUUUUGGUUUGGUUUUUUUUUUAAUAAUCUUGAAACAAAGCAGCGAGAUUCCAUAUUGAAUAUAUGCUUUCUGUAGCGUUCAUGGGCCUUAUCAGAGGUAUUGUCACUGUCCUUGCAGGCUAUGUGGGUUGAGUGCUGAUUGAUAUCUGGCAUGAGCAGCUGCACAGAGCACCGAGCUAACACAGCAGAGCAGCCAGGAUUCUACCUGCCUGCUACAUGAACAGGAAGGCAGAUUUGUUCGGAGAUAAUUACUCCCCUUCUGAUAUUUAGAAACAGGAAACAUAAUACCUUUGCUGUUGGUUUGUUUUGGAGGUUUCGUUUUUGCUUGAAAAUACUGACAUUCAUGUAUAAGGCAAAUUACAAGAUAAUAGCAUCUUGGCUUUCAUGUGAUGUCUUCAUUAUUGUGUAUUUUCUGCAGUUGAAGUUGUACAAUGUCUUAACUUAGGUCAGUUGCUUUGCUCAUAAUUUCAGUUUGAACUGACUUUGAGACUUGUCAAAGUUAAGAAACAUGGAAUAAAGAACUCCUGUGUACUGAACAAUCUUGAACAGAUGCAGGAGCUACGUAAGUUUUAUUUUUCUACAACAUGCAUAUAGCCCACUUUUGUCUCUUAGUAAAUGGGCAUGGCAUCUCUGAUCCACUUAACUGUCUUUUAAUUUUGUUUUCCUUUGUAGUGGCUACUUCAGUCCUCACCAUGAGUUACCAAAUGCAAUUCUUCAUUUUACUUCUGUUUACAGUAGAUUUUUUUAUAGAACUUCAAUUAAUUUAACUGGUUGCAGUUUUGGCUGCGUGGCUGACAGGUAGUGCCAAAUAUGGACCCUGAGGGACUUCAAGUAAUGCCUCUGCCAGGCAUGGUCAGUAGUAGUAGUAGCUCACUGAGUGACAGUAGGUGUCCCCUUCUGCUGCUUUUGCAGUACCUGAAGAAAUUUGCCCAUAAUAGCUACAAA